UCAAAUUCAAAUUCAAACAACAAACACACAAAUACCUAUUCCACACACUGACGCUCUCCUACUGCAAAAAGAAGCCAUUUGCUUUUCUCUUCUGCAAACUUGAAGAUUUUCCCGCUCACGAGCACCGAAAUUCAUGGAGAACGUUCAAAUCAAUCCGUUAGGGAAUAACCCAGAAGUCCAAAUCCCAGAUCCAUGUGUUUCUUCCUGCAAUUUUUACUGUGAAGGAGAUAAAAUCUUGAAUCAAGAAAGUGAAAUUUCAGCCAUGGAAGAAGAUGAAAGUUCAGAGUCAUUAGCUGAUUCAAUGGUCUGCGAUUCUGGUUCGAGAUUAGUCCCGAAUGGAUUCCGAAAACCUAAUUGUUCAGAGGAAAUUGUGCUUUUUGUUAAUGCUGGUUCCAAGGAGUCAAUUGAACCAGAUUUCGGUAUAAGCUUUCGGGAUGACAAAUUCUUUGAAGGGGGAGAUACAUUUCAAACUGAGGAGUUAAUCAGUAGCGGUGGAGACUAUCCAUUCAUUUAUCAAUCAGCAAGAUUGGGAGAUUUCUGUUACCGCAUUGAUGGUCUUUCCCCUGGAGAUUACUUUCUGGAUCUUCAUUUUGUUGAAUUAAUAAAUAUAGAUGGGCCCAAAGGAAUGCGGGUGUUCAAUGUUUUUGUGAAAGAUGAAAUGAUUUUAUCUGAUUUUGAUAUCUUCUCAAUUGUUGGUUCCAAUAAACCUUUGCAAUUAGUCGAUGCUAGAGUUUCUAUUAAGGAUGAUGGGCUGCUGGUGUUACGGUUUGAAGGGAUACUUGGAAGCCCAGUAGUCAGUGGCAUAUGUGUUAGGAGGGCACCACCUAGAGAGUCAGUACCUCAUGUUAAUUGUGAAUAUUUUGUAUGCAAUAACUGUGCGACCGAGAUAAAGUAUCCAUCAACUCAGAAAACAAAAGUGCGAAUGAAAUCAACGGCCAAGUAUGAGAAAACGAUUCAAGAGCUGAGUGAUAAGUUGCAGCGCAAGACAGAUGAAUGCUAUCAAUCUUGGAUGUCUUGGACAGCUACUAACGAGCAGCUAGAGAAGGUUAGGAUGGAUCUUGACAACAAGACAUUCCAAACAUAUACCCUUGAUCAAACUCUUGAGAAGCAAGCUGACAAACUUGGGGCGAUUUCAAAUAAAUAUGAGAAAGAGAAGAAGUAUUGGGCUGUGGCAAUCAAUAAUCUACAGAAUAAAGUAAAGGUGUUGAAACGAGAGCAUAUGCAGCUUUCUUGUGAAGCGCAUGAUUGUGCUGAUACCAUUCCUGAUUUGAGCAAAAUGGUCUCCGCAGUUCAGACACUGGUUGAACAGUGCGAGGAUUUCAAAGUGAAGUAUAAUGAAGAGCAAAUGAAGAGACGAAAGCUUUAUAAUCAAGUUCAGGAGACUAAAGGAAAUAUUCGGGUAUUCUGUCGCUGCCGUCCGCUAAGCAAGUCAGAGGUCUCAUCUGGGUGUGCAUCGGUUGUGGAGUUUGAUGCAGCCAAGGAUGGAGAACUUGGAAUUCUAAGUAGUGGAUCUGCAAAAAAAACUUUCAAGUUUGACCGUGUUUACACACCAAAAGAUGGUCAAGCUGAUGUAUUUGCCGAUGCUUCGCCUCUGGUGAUUUCAGUAUUAGAUGGUUACAAUGUCUGUAUAUUUGCUUAUGGACAGACAGGAACCGGCAAGACAUUCACAAUGGAAGGCACUGAGGUUAACCGAGGAGUGAAUUAUAGGACAUUGGAAGAAUUAUUCAAAAUUGCCAAUGAGAGGAGUGAAACUUUUUCUUACAGCAUUUCAGUUAGUGUACUUGAAGUCUACAAUGAGCAGAUAAGGGACCUGCUGGCUACAUCGACAUCCAAGAAGUUAGAGAUAAAGCAAGCCUCAGAAGGGUUUCAUCAUAUCCCGGGGAUUGUGGAAGCCAAAGUGGAAGACAUAAAUGAAGUGUGGAAUGUUCUGAAGGCUGGAAGUAGUGCUCGAGCUGUUGGAUCAAAUAAUGUGAACGAACAUAGCAGUCGUUCUCACUGCAUGCUUUCUAUAAUGGUAAGAGCUAAGAAUUUACUCACGGAAGUGUGCACAAAGAGUAAGCUUUGGCUUGUAGAUUUGGCGGGAAGUGAGCGGAUUGCAAAGACCGAUGUCCAAGGUGAUCGGCUCAAGGAAGCUCAAAACAUCAAUAGGUCGCUUUCAGCUCUUGGAGAUGUUAUAUCUGCCUUGGCAAAUAAAAGCAGCCACAUACCUUACAGGAACUCCAAGCUGACUCAUCUACUCCAAGAUUCGUUAGGUGGUGACUCGAAAACCUUGAUGUUUGUUCAAAUUAGUCCUUCUGAUCACGAUUUAAGUGAAACAUUGAGUUCACUUAAUUUUGCAACCAGAGUUCGAGGAGUUGAGUUGGGUCCUGCUAGAAAGCAAAUUGAUACCGGUGAGCUCCAAAAGAUGAAAAUGAUGCUUGAUAAAGCAAGACAAGAAUCUAGGUCCAAAGACGAAGCUAUGAGAACCCUUGAAGAGAGCUUACAAAACCUAGAAAGUAAAGCCAAAGGGAAGGAUCAGAUUUACAAAAACCAACUGAACAAGAUAAAAGAGUUAGAAGGCCAGCUUGAGCUAAAGACAUCACUCCAUGGCCAAUCCGAGAAACAAAUUUCACUUCUUUCGGAGAGGUUAAAGGGAAAGGAAGAAACUUGUGAGAGACUUCAACAGAAGGUAGUAGAACUUGAAAACAAGCUCAAAGAUCUAGAAGAAUUUAAGUCUACAGCAUACCAGGAAAAGGUUAAUUAUCUUGAGAAGAAGCUGAAAGAGCAAGUCCAAGAGCAUGAGUCUCGCUCUGUAAUCCUUCAAUACAAGUUUGAUGAGCUUGAGACGAAGUUGAAAGAGCAGGAACAGAAUCCAGAGGUCACGUUACUUCGUCAAAAGAUCAAAGAACUUGAAGAUAAGGUACGAGAGCAAGAAAAGCAGUUGACACUCAAGGUGAUUCCAGAAUCUGUCAAUCCAUUUAGAUCCACCCCUAUUGAACAUGAACAAUCUGUUAGAGACGAGAUCACAACUGAGACUGAGCACCAUAUUCUAAGGAGCUUAAAUUCAGCAAAACGCCAAGUCGCUCAAGGAUCGGUUUUGGUAAAGGAACACAAUACUCUUCAAGAGGUUCGAAAGAAAAGAUUGUCAAGAAGGAAGAGUGAAGUCGAGAACAAUAUGGCGGUACCAACUCCAGUAAGUGAUAACAGAGGUAGACAAUCCGAUCCGCCUAAACCUUUUCCCAGGGUUUCAAGAACGACUAAGCCAGUCAUCUCUACUCAAAGGCCUGCUAUUCAUAACAAAACAAGCAGAGAUCCAGUUCAAGUGAUUAAAGAGAGGGAUAGCAAAAAAAGGAUUUGGUCAAGGUAACAAAGUAAACCCCACUGCUUUCACUGUGCACACAAGAAAGGCCACUUGAAUUCUGGUUUCUUGAAUCUUACAAGAAACACAGCUGCAUAUAUACUGUUAACUGCUGUUUAACUGUAUUGUAUGUUAGAACAGUUGCUUUGUAUCAUUAACAUGUAAUGUGAUGCUUGAGUGGACAAUAUCUGUCCUGGCUCUUUCAUUCGCUAAGCUUGAUUGUAAUGUGUUAACCUCAGAUCUGAUUAUCCAUCUAAUACAAUAUUUUAUAUAUCGCCAA